AUGCCAGCGUUUACCAACAGGCAACAAUUGCGCUUUUUUUUCAGAAUAGGAAACAACGUCCGUCCAGGUUCGGGCAUGGGUCUGAAUAUGUUCAGAGAAAUCUCUUGUAAUCGACAAUUGGUGGCCGUUCAGCGAGUGGUUUUUCCCGUAAGCUCUUCUUCUGUAUCGUUUCAGCAGAAGUCAGUUACGUUCGAGUGGCCUUGGCGCGACACCAGUGGACCAGGUCUGGCUCACAGGCCUUUCUUCGGAAUCAUCGUCUGCUUCAUUCGUGAUCUGGAUCUCUUUUCCGGCUACAGAUACUAG